UCCCUUUCUCUCUUACACCUAUCACUUUUCAUUUCUCUUUCUUUUCUCUUCUGCUCUGAGGAUUUUCUGCAACGAUCGGAUCGAAAAUGGCAAAAUCAACUCUUCCUUUGGCGAUGAGGAGGAGCUGCAACUUGGACCUCUGCCUCUUUCCCAUCGGUUCUCUUCCCUCAAACGACUCCGGCAGCGGUUCCUCCUCAUCUGGGGAACCAAUCAAAACCCCAGAACAGCAACAGCAACAACAAGCACAACAGCAGCAGCAACAACAACAACUAACAAUCUUCUACAAUGGACGCGUCUGUGUUUGUGAUGUGACUGAGUUUCAGGCAAGAGCAAUCAUCUGGAUCGCAAGGCGAGAAAUGGAGGAAAGACUGAGCACCCCUCGAUCUCCUCUGUCACCAUCUCUGCAAUCUCCGCUCCAAAGCCCACCGGGGCUUUCGAUGAAGAGAUCUCUGCAGCGGUUCCUGCAGAAAAGAAAGAACAGAAUGCAAGAUGCAUCCCCUUACAGACAAUAACCAACAUCGAGAGAAUCUUAAUUUGCAAUUCUUAGUAUAUUUCUUCUAGCUGGGAGUGUUUAGAAGAUUGGAAGGUGGAAUCAGAAAAACCAAAAUAAGAAACAAAAAUCCUUGUAAAUUUUCUAGCACUUCUGGCAUAUGAGAUGUCGCUGAUAAGCUUGUAAAUUAUGUAGUUCCUAGGCUUGAAAAAGAGGAAUUAUAUUAACAAUUUUCUCCUUUUUUCAUUUCUGGGUUUGUCUAAUUUAGUAUGUCUUUAGUAGAUCAAUUUAUUUUUCUGUAAUUUUAUGGCUGAUAGAGCAUGUCCAAAAUACUUAAAUAUGUUUAUUCAGCAUUUGGAUCAUGGGGGAAUUUUAAUUCCGCUCCCAGGGUCAAAUUUUAGGGAGGAAACUAGCGGAUUUUAGGCUCCAA